AUAGUUGCUCUUCAACCAUACAGAAGAACAUAUUUAUUAACACCAUAAAAGUUACCCAAUCAAAAGCGAACUCUUAUCGAAUCAAAAGACCCAAAUUCCCGAAGGCAAAGCGACCACACCCGCAAAAAAACACGACCUAAAUUCACAGAAAGACAGCGAGACGUGAGGAAUGAAGUCGAUGUCGAUCUUUUUCAUCGUUUGUGUCUUGGCCUGUUACUCACCUGGCAAUGCUCGAGUGAUUCAUUCCCUUGAUCGAGCCGCCUCGCGACGCUCUACUGGCCCUUCGCGACGGGUUCAUUCUUCCGUUGGAAAACCGAGCCGUCGGCUUGGUGAGCAUACCCAAGAGCAUCCUAAUCCUACAGAUUAUAUGGGCUUUGGUGCAGCCCGGGAGGGCGACGAUGGAGGACACACCUACGGUUAGAACUCCGAUAUCUGCGACCCAUUCAGCGCUGGACGGCUCAGCACCAUUCGUUCUUCCCAACAUCCCCCUAACAACUAUUUAUCGGUUUCUCGGAGUCUUUGAUCUCCUUAGUUUCACUCUUUUAUCAUAUUUGGGACUAUUAUCCGCUGUGAACUUUUCAAAGAUCUUUUCAAUUUUCCUGCUUUGAUCUAAACUACAUUUUCAGUUUUUACCUAUCUACUCAAAGCUUCUGCACACUUCAAACAUGACCAUUAGCUAUUCAUGAUAUUAACCUUUUCUGCUGCAUCACAUAAAAAUCAGCUUUCACCCAGUAUUCAUGCCACACACAACCUUGGAUUUUGCAGUUUGGUUUGAUGUCAACUUGUAUUUACAAACCCACAGAAGAUGGUCAUAAGUUAUUCAUAAUCAUCAACCG